AUGAAAGUAUAAUCAGAAAAAGAAUAAAUAGAAUUGUAAAAGUAAAUCAAAAAUUAUGACUUACAGGAUAGCAUUAAGACUUAGGUAAAAGGCUUAACUUAAGUGACCUAUUCAUUAGUGCCUAAUUACAUUUUUUAGUCUGAAAAGUGUUUUUUUAUUCCUGGCGAUAUUAUUUUUGACUUUGAUUGCAAAGAUAAAUACUUUUUUAAGGUUUCAAAGUGGAAUGAAUUCAAAAGAGUCUAUUCUUGUGCUGUUCGAAAAGAUAUGCCAACAGUAGAAAUAUAAUUUUUUUCUUAGAAAAAACCUAAUUAUGAUUUAUCCUAAGUUAUACAUCAACUUUAAAAUAGCUAAAAUUAGGAGCUAUAUGAUUUAUCAUUAAGCAUUUAGUAAUAUUCCAAAAUGUUUAUAGCCUAAGAAGCUUUUUCAAAUAGAGGAAAAUAAAUUUUAGAUUAAAUACCUUUUGCUGUUGAUUAUUUAAGUCUAGUGAAUUAGUAUUUUAAAGAAUAAUGCGAAAUUCUGCUAAAAAGUGUUUCUGAUUCUCAAUAAUUUUAUAUCUAUGGUACUUAAGAAUUAAAUUUUAAUAGCUCAAAUCUAGAAUUAACAAAGCUAGGAAUUAGCGAAAAUCUAAUAGCUCUCUUAGGUUCAAAUAUUGAAUAAUUUUAAUAAAUAAUAAUGAGAUAUGGUUUAAUUGAUUUUUAUGAGUAAUAAAGUUAUUAAAAACUCUUUUAGCAAACAGUGCAAAACAAGUAAAUUAACAACAACUAAAAAAAUGAAUGCUUCAUGGAACUUCUCACUUAUGAUUAAAUCAAAGUAAAAGUGACUGUAUAAAAUUAAAAUCACGUUUUUUUAAACAAUGUAAAAAAUUUUUAAACAAUUUAUGACUUAUUUCUGACAGAAGAGUAGAGGUUGUGCUUUUUUUAUAAAAACAUGUAUAUAACUUAUUUUGAGGUAGAUCUUUAUGAUUUAAAAAAAGUUAUUGAAAUUAGAAAAUAGAAUUUAAAUAAUUGCAGCAUAUAGUUUUUGGAAGAUAACAUAGAAUAUUCCUCUCAGUGUUUAUACUUACUUGAAAAGUUUUAUUCAAAUUAAACAUAAAAUAUUUAAACAAAUUAGAUUUGCAAUUACAGAAAUCUUAAAUGA